GGCUGAGCCUUACUUUUACCCCCUUUUACCCUGUGUUUUUGUUGGCCGACCUUUUCGAGUCGAUGCUGUAAACGCGCGUACACAUACGCACACACAUGCACAUACACACACAUGCACAUACACACCUUCCACCCGGUGACCGCGCGCGCGCUCGUACACACGCACGCCAGACACAACAAAAACAACCAUCCGUGUAUCGAUCCAUUGGUUAUUGGUCUGGCACGCCAAGGUUUGCAGGUAAAAGAGUGGCCGUUGUCCGUGUCGUGUCCGGCUUUCCAACCAUCCAACGCGGUACGCAAGUGCGUCUUCACCGAAAACGUUCAAGUCGUCGCCAAUCAUAGAGGCCACCAGCAACAACGGAACACUGUCCCCACGUCCAGCCAAAGCCCAACACACAGAAGGGGGCUCCACAGGAGGGGGCUCAGUGACCCCACGCGGCGCAACGUGCCGGAAAACCAAAGGAUGAUGCCGCACGCAUACACGCACACCCAAGUGGCCAAGGGACGGCAAACGGCACGGAACAACGGCACAGAAAAGUUCUUGUGAGUGAGUCAGUGAGCGUGUGUGUGUGUGUGUGUGCAGGUUGUUUGAGGUGUUCCCUGGUGUACUCACCCGUAUGACCAUCGCCGCCGUCCCCGGCCUGUGUGCGAGUGUUGCCAUUGUUUGUUUACCUCCCUACCGGACCGAACCGACGGUGUACAGCAGGAAGAAGCAAGCGGCAGCAACAGCAGCAGCCACUACCACAACCAGUAGUGCAUCCGUGCGAUUGACGAACCCAGCGAUGGAUCGGCGGACAGUGUGUGCAUAUAUGUGUGUGUAAAGUGUGCUAUGUAUGUGUGUGCAGGGCGACCGUAUUCGAUAUUCUGCAAUCAACUGACCAGCAGAUCCUGCAACAACUAGCGGGCUCCCCAUCCCCCUGGACUGUCAUCGUUUGCUAGGGCAGCUGAUGCUGCCAAGGAAGGUGGUGCAGGGGUUGCGGAGGAAAGAAAGCAUCGUUUUUGUGACACGAAUUUGUUACUCCAAUCAAGCGUAACCCUGUGCGUGUGCGCCUGUGUGUGCCCGUGUCAACAAUCAAUAGCAUCCUACCAACCAACGCCAGCCUACUCCCCCCCCCCCCCCCCCCCUUUAACCCCACGCUCUAUUAAACCUUUCACGGGCAACGCGAUCAACGCUACCUGCACCUUUCCCUGUUUUACGUGUCCGUCUUGUCCGUGUGUAUGUGUGUGUCAAGAUGUGUGCAACGAAACUACAUACCACCAUGAUGCACUUGCAGCCGGAAAGCGUCCGCCCCGCCAGCCUCCACCACCUCCAACUCCGGCAGUUCCAGCACCCGUACGAAUGGUUCCCGAUGAAGAGAUGUCGGUCACUGGACAGCAGCGGCAGGCACUGAGUGGAGGAUGGUACCAUCCAUCAGGCGGGCUCCCUGAUCGGCUGUGGUGGAAAUGGAUUGGACACCCUGCGCGACCGAAUGCGGGGCUAACAUGCUGUGAGCUGACGCUAGAUGGGCGCCCAGCAACUGGCUAAGAAGCAGUCUACACGCAUUGCUGAAGGAAGGAGUGCGCCAAAACGAGUCCCCUCGUCGCAUUUAGUGGGCAAGAUCCCUCUGAGCAGUAAGCGAAACAUCAUUCGCCAUUCACCGUUCCGCGAUCGAAGCCGCUUGGUAGACCGAUUUCCGGCGAGAAAUUAUUGUAAAGGAGGAAGUAACAAAUUUGAGCUAUAGGAAUGAAUCCUGGUUGAAGUGCAAUAUUGUGUAUGUGUGUGUGUGUGUGUGUGUUUGUGAGCGCUAAAGUCUAAAAAGGGGCUAGGUGUGUGAUUUACCAUACGUGCAAAAUAUGAGUUGUACUGUCUCAAGUAUUUAGUGAUGAUUUAAAAAAGUUGUGUAUAAAAGACGAUAAGCGCAACCCGCGAACUUCAUCUCUGCAAAUGAACAGUAAAACGAUACAGUUAGAUAUUUUGGACCGUGUGCAUACGUAAAGUAACGUUAACAGUGUUAUACGCUUAAAACAAAUAAUUGUUGCCUCAAGCGCGACCAGUUGCUUAGACUAGGCGAGACGACUUGCUAUCAAAAGAAACACCGAGCGAACCUCUUGCGUCUCUUACUCCAUCUACACGCGCUUCACCCCCUCAUAAACGGGAUCAUUCCAUGGCACCGCAGUAAGGCUGACGGUGGCAGGAAACCAACACUCCACAACAUACAGGCACACAAGAGGUGGGGCGCGGCUGUGGUUUGUUGUUCCCUCUUUACUGUGGUGUGCUCGAGUUACGCUUGUCUUGAAGAAUUUAUCCUCCACUUUGUGCGUAGCUCAAAUACAUGCGCAUCGGCGAGCCCUUUUGCGCGACAGGAAAUAAAAUUGUUCUUGUGAGAGGCACUCUCGAGCAAGUGCCACCCCAAGAGCUCAAAAAGCGUCUAGAGGAGGCGGAUUGCUAGAGACCGGAAGAAGGGGGUGCGGCUAAUGCAACGGAUGCGAAACGCGACGACUACCAUGAAGCGUAACACUACCACGAUGCCGGGGGGAACCGAUUCUAGCUGGUCCGUUCCACACCGGAUUUAUCUGCAGCAGCAGCAGCAACAACAGCAGCAGGCCCACCAGCAGCAGCAACAGCAACAGCAGCGGCCACGGUUUGAUUACGGAUUCUGGAAGAAUCCGGACGAGUCAACCGAACUGAUCUUCCUGAUGCCGAACGGCGUGAUGAUCACGAUGUACAUACCGAUCCAUAUUACACUGGAUGAACUGAAGUCGGACGUUUGGGAGGAGGCAGAACGGUACCCACUGUACUGCCAUCUGGGCGAUAAGAACAAGUACUGCUUCGGCACCCUGGCGGCGGGCCGGACGAACAGCAACACGACGUACGAAAAUGAGGCCGAAACCCGGCUGAUGGACGUGCAGCCCACCCUCGGCAUCCUGCGCUUCGUCGAGAAGAGCAACGUGUCGGAGAACACGAAGCUGAUGGAGAACAUUAGCAGCCUGCUGGACAGCAAGCUGCCGGUGAAGACGCUGGUCAACCCGGAGGUGAACGACUUCCGCGCCAAGAUGAGCAUGCUGAGCGAGGAUAUCGGCAGCCGGCGGGCGGUAAUGACGCGUAUGGAGCGGAUAGCCUACCAGUACCCGGCCAAGCUGGUCAGCGGUGCUCACGUUCCCGAGCCGAUCAGCCGGCGGCUGACGAACGGCGACUUUUGCGUGGUGGCGAUCAGCACCGACAUGCAGCUGACGGUGAAGGUACCGUGCCGGGCGACCCCGGACGAGGUGCUGAAACGCAUCCUCAAGAAGCAGAACCCGUCGAAGGCGCGCAAUGAGAACAGUAGUACGGAGUACAUAUUGAAGGUGUGCGGGCGGGAAGAGUACAUCUAUGGGGCGCACCCGAUGAUCAGCUUCCAGUACGUGCAGGACUGUCUGUCGCGGGACGAGACGCCCACGUUUGUGCCGCGGCUCGUUCGCACGGUGGAGGUGUUUAAGAACGACAUCUACGACGCGCGCGAAGACUUUACGCAGUGGUCGGCGUCGGCCAAGCCGAGCUCGCUGUACGGCGGCAGCGUCAGCAGCAGCAGCGGGUACGGCGGUGGCGCGGGCAGUACCUACAGCACCCAGUCGCAGCAGUCGCACACGCUGCGAAAGGUGAAGUACAUCACCAGCUGGGAGAUCGACGCGAAGCUGCAGUGCACGGUGCACGAGAUACGCGGGCUGAAUGUCGAGUCGGACAAGGAGCUGGGCGUGCAGCUCGGUCUGUUUCACGGCGGCAAGUCGCUGUGCAAAACGGAGCGCACGCGCACGGUCACGGUGAACAGUGGCGCCGCGACCUGGAACGAGACGAUCCUGUUCGACAUCAACGUAAGCAACGUGCCGCGCAUGGCGCGGUUGUGUCUGGUGGUGUACGAGAACAUGCGCACGGCCAAGGGGACGGGCAUACGGACGCGCCGCACCAAGGACGGGCUGAUCAAUCCGAUCGCGUGGGUCAACACGAUGGUGUACGAUUACAAGAACCAGCUGAAGGUGGACUCGGUGACGCUGUACACGUGGGACUACGCGGAGGAUGCGCAGUCGGAGGACAUUCUGCAUCCGCUCGGAACGGUCGAGCCGAACCCGAACCGGGACAACAUGGUCGUGUCCGUGCUGCUGAGCUUCGGCACGUACGGUCCGGAGGGGCGUAUCAUCGUCUACCCGGGCGAAGAGGAGCUGCUGUCACACGCGGCCAAGAUGAGCCAUCGCAACGAGCAUCUGAAUCGCGAGAGUGCCGAGGACACGCGAUCGAUCCGGGCGAUCAUGUCGGCGUACAUGUACAACGACCGGCUGAACGACAUCCACGAGCAGGACCGUAACGCAAUCUGGGCGAAGCGGCGCGAGUGCAUGAAGCAGAUGCCUCAGGGGCUGCCCUGCCUGCUCUACUGCGUCGAGUGGAACAACCGGGACGAGGUGUCCGAGAUCGUGUCGCUGCUGCAGGAGUGGCCCAAGCUGCUGGUCGAGCGGGCCCUCGAGCUGCUCGAUUACGCGUACGCGGACAAGUACGUGCGCCGGUACGCCGUGGACUGUCUGCGCACGAUCGAGGACGACGAGCUGCUGCUGUACCUGCUCCAGCUGGUGCAGGCGCUCAAGCACGAGUCGUACCUGAACUGCGAUCUGGUGUAUUUUCUGCUGCAGCGCGCCCUGCACAACCAGCACAUCGGCCACUAUCUGUUCUGGCAUCUGCGGUCCGAGAUUUCGGUACCGUCGGUGCAGGUCCGGUUCGGGCUGAUACUGGAGGCGUACCUGCUCGGCAGUCCGGAGCAUGUGGCGGUGCUGCUGAAGCAGAUGCAGUGCCUGCGCUACCUGCAAACCUGCUCAGACAACGUGAAGAAGGGCAGCAAGGAGAAGGGCCGCACGCUGCUGAUCGAGCAGCUCGCCAAGGAGGGCCACGUGACCAGUGACCUGAUCAGCCCGCUCAACCCGAGCUACCGGUGCAAGGCGGUCCGGACCGACCGGUGCAAGGUGAUGGACUCAAAGAUGCGCCCGCUCUGGAUCGUGUACGAGAACAGCGACGCGAACGGCGACGACAUACACAUGAUCUUCAAGAACGGGGACGACCUGCGGCAGGAUAUGCUGACGCUGCAGAUGCUGCGCAUCAUGGACCGGAUCUGGAAGAGCCACGGGUACGACUUCCGGAUGAACCCGUAUAGCUGCAUCAGCACCGACCACAAGCUCGGCCUGAUCGAGGUGGUGCUGAACGCGGAAACGAUCGCGAACAUCCAGAAGGAGCGAGGCAUGUUUUCGGCCACCUCGCCGUUCAAGAAGGGUUCGCUGCUGGCGUGGCUGCGCGAGCACAACGGCACCGAGGACCUGCUGGCGAAGGCGAUCCAGGAGUUUACGCUCAGCUGCGCCGGCUACUGCGUGGCGACGUACGUGCUGGGGGUGGCGGACCGCCACUCCGACAACAUUAUGGUGAAGAAGACGGGCCAGCUGUUUCACAUCGACUUCGGGCACAUACUGGGCCACUUCAAGGAGAAGUUUGGCUUCCGGCGGGAGCGCGUGCCGUUCGUGCUGACGCACGAUUUCGUGUACGUGAUCAACAACGGCCGGACGGAUCGGGAGGCGCAGGAGUUCUGUCGCUUCCAGACGCUUUGCGAAGAGGCGUUCCUUAUUCUACGUCAGCACGGCUGUCUGAUACUGUCGCUGUUCUCGAUGAUGAUCUCAACUGGCCUCCCGGAGCUGUCGUCCGAAAAGGAUUUGAACUAUCUGCGGGAAACACUGGUGCUGGACAAAACGGAAGAAGAGGCGCGCACCCACUUCAAGCUCAAGUUCAGUGAAGCGCUUGCCAACUCGUGGAAAACGUCGCUCAACUGGGCAUCGCACAACUUCUCCAAAAACAAUCGACAGUGACACCAGUAUCAUCUCGGGCGGAACCAUCAGACGAUGUAGCUUUGGCAGUGAGCAGCGAGGUGCGAAAGUGGGCAGAAUUGCGGCGGAAAGUGAUGCAGCAGACAAGGGAGGAGUAGGGAGUGCUGAUGGUAUUUGUGUUUUGUUGGAGAGGUUCCAAGACCUUGCGUUUCCGACGUGGUGUGAUACGUGUUCGUUGAUUUUAUUAUUAUUUUUUUUGGCACGUUCGUAUCUGCAUGGCAUUGGCAUUGGCGCGCUGUUAUAAAUUGCCUGGGCACGUGCACUGGCAGCAACAAUGACAUCGUAAAGGGAGUGUGACACUAAUGCAAGAAAGGACGGCAAACUUGAGCGAGUUAAUUCACAGAAAAGGCAAAGAAGGCUUCGUGUAUGUGACACACAUGCUAUACAUGCUAUAGCUAUAUACAUUAGGUAACAUUUGAAAAAAAAAUUAGGCACGGUAAUGUGUGUUGUUAGAAAGAAUAUGCUGAGGAAGGGAGCGUGUGCAAGCUGGAAUCGGUCAACAACCGAUUGGGUUACUAUUACUGUACUAAGUUACGUAUAUUUUUCAUUUAUUGUUUUUGUAACCACUUCUCAGUACAACUAUAACUGAACAUGUUCACGCACGCUGCUUAUACGCAAACGUACGGGGGAUGGGGACAGUAUUAAGAAACCACAAGAUGCGAACGAAUGACCAGGAACUUCCACGCUUGAAAUAUUACUCGAAAUGCAAUUGAGAGAAACAGCUGAAUAGGCUUCCAUUGCUAAUACAAUGCAAAACAUGAUGCACCUGUGCUAUUGCUAUUUUCCAACCCGCUUACGUUUCUUGUGACAACUUCAUCUACCGGAGAGGGGCACGCGCAAAGGCUGUAAAUAGAGAUAGGGCGUACAAGUGGGAAGCAAUUUUGCAUCAUUUUCGUUGACAUUACUGCUGCGGCUGAACAGAUGCUGAAAGUAGGUAGCAUCAAACGACAUACGCAAUGAAAUUUUCCGACCGAAGGCUAUUCAUUGACCUUCUCGAGACGCGUUAUUUGUCUGUACAUAUUCCAAAGUCAUUAGAGCGAUUCUAUUGCUCAUCGUUUGAUGCCCAUAGCUUAUCUGUGUGUUCUAGCUGAUUUAUAUAAAAUUCCUUCGUUCAAGUUCACUCUAUCUCUGUAUUGAAAAAAGCCCCUUGAAGUGUGUCCCUUAUGCGACAGUAAUCGAGGAUCGAAGGUAGCAGGAAACAAGUGCACCCAGUCGUGGCACACGUCUUCAGAGUAGUUGUGUCGAUCACAAAACCUUGUGUCCCGUUUGUGUGAGUGUAUGCGUGUUUUUUUUUGUUUUUUAGUUUACGUGUUUUAGAAGAUUAAUGUGAAUUCAUUCAAACUGUUCGUGCAAUAGUGCAGCUGUCUGAGCUUUACACUAAAGCAGUAAGCAUAUUUUUGUGUGUAUGUUUGUUUUUUCUUAAAGUUUUAGCUCAAGAGCCCCCACCCUGGUAAACAGCAUUAUGUAUGUCAUAAAACACACUCACAACACUCCGUUUUAUGCAGCAGACUAGACCCCCACCCCUUUCCUCCCCCGACGUUAAGCAAA